CACCCCUAAUUGGUGGUGGGAUUGGUUCUCCAAUCCGCAGCUUAGGAGAACCCUCUUAAAGGAGAGGUUCUCUGAGCAAGCAGCAUAGAGACACCCACCAUAUCUGUAUUCUAUUCAUUCACACUUCCUCACCUUUAGUGAACUUCACAGUUGCAGGCGGCAUAGAAGAGGAAAAGCAAAAGUUGAGUGAAAGCUUCAGGUAAAUUACAGAUUCCUAGAGGGUAAUGGCCUCUGAGAGUUACUUCUUCAGUCUUUUAGGACCUUUACACCUCACAGCUGUUGAUUGGAACAAUGAGCAUCACUGUAGAUCUGUUGCUGCAAGCUUAGUACAAGGUGUCUAUGCUUUAGAGCGAGAUCGCCAGCAGAAUCGUAAAGGGGCUGAUUCUCUUGCUCCAGCAUGGUGGGAGUUUUUCCAUUUUCAGUUGGUUCUUCAGCUCAGGGAUGAAGUGGAUUCCUCCAUCUUUGGUUCCAUUUUUGAAUUCAAACCCAAGGCUUCUAAUUGUCACUACUCAAUCCAGGAGGCUCCAAGAUAUGUCAUUGCCUUCCGAGGCACAGUCAUUAAUCCAAACUCCUGCAUACAGGAGGAUCUCAGAUUGGGUUUCCUUUUCACCAUUAAUGAACUCCAUGGAACCUCACGCUUUAAGGUUGCAAUGGAGGCCAUAAAGAACAAGGUUGAUGUAGCUGGAGCUUUGAAUAUUUGGUUAGCUGGUCAUUCUUUGGGCUCUGCCAUGGCAAUGCUUGCUGGCAAGAACAUGGCCAAGACAGGAUUUUUUCUCCAAGCUUUCCUCUUUAAUCCACCAUUCUCAUCUGCUUCAAUUGAGAGGAUUGAAGAUAAGACACUGAGACAAGGGAUCCGAAUCGCAAAAAGUUUUAUCACGGCUGGACUCACUGUUGCCAUAAAGGGUCAUCAAUCAGAGGAUCCCUUUGUUGUCUUGUCUCCAUGGAUCCCUUGUUUGUUUGUGAAUCCGGCGGAUGAUAUAAGCUCAGAGUAUGUUGGUUAUUUUGAGCACAGGAAGAAGAUGGAAGAGAUUGGAGCCUCGAAAAUUGAAGAACUAGCUUCCCAGAAUUCCAUAAGGAAUCUUUUGUUGGGGAAGACUAAAUCAGAACCUUUGCAUCUCCUCCCAUCUGCAAAUCUUACCAUCAACUUUACCCCAUCACCAGAUUUUGUAAGAGCUCAUGGGAUUCGUCAGUGGUGGAGACCAGACCUGCAUAUGCAUUACAUUAUCAGGAAGAGUAGGAGAGCAGAAAAGAGAGGGUAAUGGCUUCUGAAAAGGACAAUUUUUUCUACUCAGGACCUAAAUUCUUUGAACCUUUUGAUUGGAAUAAUGAACGUCACCGUGUAUCUGCUGCUGCAAGUUUGGUAAAUGGUGUCUAUGUUUCAGAGGAAGACUACCAGAACAAUAGAGGACCUAAUGAAGCUCUUGCUCGACCCUGGUGGGACUUCUUCCAUUUUCGAUUGGUUCAAUACCUCAUGGAAGAUAAUUCAAUCUUUGGUGCUGUUUAUGAAUUCAAGCACCCAUCUUCUACUUCUCAUUACUCAAUCCACAAGGCCCCAAGAUGUGUUAUUGCGUUCAGAGGAACACGCCUCAAGCUGGGUUCCUUGCAAACCGAUAUCAGAGCAGAUAUCCGUAUCUUCAAAAAUGAGAUUACUGUAACCUCGCGCUUUCAGCGUGCAGUGCAAACUGUUCAUAACAUGGUGACUAAAUUUGGAGCUUUGAAUAUAUGGUUAGCUGGUCAUUCUUUGGGCUCUGCCAUGGCAAUGCUCAUUGGCAAGAACUUGGCCAAAUCAGGUGUUAAUCUCAAAGCUUUCCUUUUUAAUCCACCAUUCUCGUUUAAUCCAUUUGUGUCUAGCAAUGAUGAGAAUCUGAAACAUUUUCUGAGAGUCAAAAGUUUUAUCACUGCUGGACUCACUCUUUUCCUGAAGGAUAAUGACAAGAUAUCAGCAUCACAUGAUGAUUUUUUAGCUGUAUCCUCAUGGAUUCCUUAUUUGUUUGUCAAUCCGGUUGAUCCCUUCAGCUCAGGGUAUAUUGGUUAUUUUAAGAGGAGGAAACUUAUGGAGAAGAUUGGAGCUAGGAAAUUUGAAGAACUAGCAACCCAGAAUUCACUCUCCAAUCUCAUGUUUGGGAACACAGAAACAGAACCAUUUCAAGUCCUCCCUUCUGCACAGCUUACCAUUAACUCGAGCUCAUCAGCAAGUUGUGGUAUGCUCUCAGCUCAUGGUCUUUGCCAGUGGUGGAGCAAAGAUGUGAUCUUGCAUGGUAUUGAAUAUCGAUACAAAUGAAGUGAAAGUCCAUAUAAUAAGAACCUAAUAAUUUGCUGUAUUUAAGGUACCAAAUAAAUGAGUCUUGAGUGUCUAAAGUAUGUAGUCCUAGUUCUUGUUUAUCAUGUGAUAGUAUAAAUGUGAUUGAGUAAGAAUAAAUCUUGUUGUAAUCAAAGUUGGUGAAAAAGAAAUUGUAAGCAUGGUUAAUGUAUGGUAUUGUAUUGGCUGAUAUGUAUCGACAUCGUGGAACACUGAUAUCGACAUGAUAUUAAUAACCUUACUUUUUUGCUAUUUUGGUAAAA